UUCAAGGUGAAAAAUACUUUUCUCUUUUCAAAAAUUGACUUUAACCUAAAUGUAAUGUGCUUCCCGGGAUGGGAUCCUGGAAGAGAAAAGGGACAUUAGUGGGAAAAGUGACAACAUCCAAAUAAAGCGUGUGGUUGCCUCGGAGCCUCGCCCCCGCGCUGACCGAGCAUCACAGCGACCGUCGGAGGGCUGCUUGGAGUGCACCAGCCCUGGGACCAGCUGGGUGGCUUCUGUGACCCUAAGACGAAGUCCAGGAGAACUUCCGGAGAUGAGUGCUCACUUGUGCAGCGCGCAGGUGUGCAUGGUCCCUGCUGUGUAGGGUGGACCGCAGGUGGGCGCACCCACGCCAGUGACCAGCAUGCAGGGUGCCCAGCGGGUCGGAGCGGUGGACAGCGUUCUGGAACGUGAGCUCUCGGAACAGCAGCAGGAGCCACAAAGGACAUGGGGAAGAUGCUGGGGGGUGACGAGGAGAAGGACCCCGACGCGGCCAAGAAGGAGGAGGAGCGCCAGGAGGCCCUGCGGCAGGAGGAGGAGGAGCGCAAGGCCAAGUACGCCAAGAUGGAGGCGGAGCGUGAGGCCAUGCGCCAGGGCAUCCGGGACAAGUACGGCAUCAAGAAGAAGGAAGAGCGCGAGGCCGAGGCCCAGGCCGCCAUGGAGGCCAAUUCAGAGGGCAGCCUGACCAGGCCCAAGAAGGCCAUCCCGCCGGGCUGCGGGGACGAGCCGGAGGAGGAGGACGAGAGCAUCCUGGACACCGUCAUCAAGUACCUGCCCGGGCCGCUGCAGGACAUGUUCAAGAAAUAAGCGGGCGCCGCCGGCCCCCGCCGCGCCCGGAGCCCCCCCCUCGUGCCCUCGCCUACCUUCCCCUGUACCUCCGCGAGGCCCCUGAAGGGACAUCGGGAGCAGAGUGCAGCCCCCCAGCGCCACUAUAAGCCAUAGUCCUAGAUCUGCCCGCCCCACGCCCGCUCAUGCCUCGGGAGCCUGCGCCACCCCCCCACCCCCGCACUGCCAUCGCCACCAACACCGGGGCAGGGGUGCCCGCCCCCAGGGCCCCUGCGGUCUGUGCUGCGGCCCGGGCCCGCCCACGUGCUCCUCUGGGUGGGCCCCCCGAGCUGGGACGGCCCUGACCGCCCCCGUCCUUCCCCUCCACCCAGCAGUGCCCGAGGUCCGGGCACCGACCAGGCCGGCAUCUCGACCGCCCCUCGGUGCGCCGUCCCCGCGCUGUGGGCGCUCGUCCGCCCCAAACUCAGGAGCACAGCCAUAGUGGGGGGAAGGCCGCGUGGGCUGGGAGCAGCAGCCUCCCUGGGGGCGCGGGUGGGAGCCCCCACCCCCGCCGUGACAGCUGGUUGCGGGAUCUCGGGGUCCUCCCGCCUGCGGCCGCCCACCUCCACCCACACCCCUCACGCUCAUUGUCCAUCUGUCUCUCCCCGUCCUCUGUCCCUGCCUGGCCCACUGCCCCGGAAGGCUUUGCUUCUGGCCCACACCAGGACGCGGUCGUCUUGCAGACUAAGGGAAACACAGCAAUAGGCCCGGGGGUCAUCCCCCCGCCCCGGGUGGGAGCACAGCCCUCGCCCCCAGAACUCGCUGCCCCUGAGUCCGUGGGCGCAGCCCACUCCCUCCCCACUUGGUGCCUCCGGCCUUCCCAUCGGAGGCUGCUCUGGGUGGGGGUCCCCUGGCGCAGCCCCUGCACCCCCACACCCCCGAGGAGAGCCGGGAGGAGACUCCGCGCCCUCGGAAGCCUGCUGCGCGUCGGGGGGCGGACCUGCCCGGGACCACCGCGGGCCUCCCGAACCCCGUGUCUCCACCCUUGUUUUCCUCUGCAUCACGAUGUGUUGAAUCUCAGGUAAACGAGGUCUUACGUGUUUGGGGGUUUUAUCGUCACAAAAAGGCCGCAGCCUCGGUGCCCGGGGCCCUUUCUGUCCACAUUGAAACGUCAUCGUGUCGCGGGCCGGGGCGUGGCCCCCGUCGCUCUUAGACAAGCCAUAACAAUAGACCGCAAUACUACCGCGCACCCCCUGCCCCGGGCCGCGAGGGCGCCCCCCGCGCCCCGCCGCCUCGCUGCGCCCGCGCCCCUGACUCCUCCCGGUCCCACGUCUGUUCUAAACGGCUGUUUUCACACUUCACGAAGGCAGCUCGGAGCCCACAGGGCGGGCUCGUACCAAGCCCGCGUCCCGUUCCCAGCGCGGGGCGCCCGGAGCAGCCGAGCUUAGUUAGACUGUGGGUGUCGUGUCCUCCGUCGUCACGCCUGGCCUCCUCCUGCAUGUGGGGGGCCGCCGCGUGUGUAGCCUCGAUGGAAUCACAGCCAAUAAACACCAGUGAUUUCA